AUGGACCACGGAGAUGAGAAGAAUGAGUUGCGGCUUCAGUUUGAAAUACUACAGAAACAGCAGGAGAAAAAAAAGCUUGAUAGGAAAAAAGCAAAAGACAGACAUAAGCUUAACGUCAAAGUUACACAGGAUGAUUCGGAUCAGUUGAAGGAAGACAGUCCGGCAGACAACCUGCCUGCAAACGACAGACUUGUGCACAAUGACAGUCAGAAUGUGCUUGAGCAGCUGAGAGAGCUACAAGAUGUAAAUGGUCGUCUCUUCAAACUUCUCGAAGAAAAGGAUUUUGAAAUGAAAUACCUGAAGAAGAAAAGAGAAGAGGAACGCCUGGCCUUAGCAUGCACAUCAGACUUGGCUGGAGACACAGCAGCCACCAAGAUCAUUGAGCUGUCCAAGAAGAACCGAGGGCUGAGUGCUGAGGUCGAGCAAGAAAAGAUGAAGUCAAAGCAAAACAGCAACAAAAUCAAAGAGCUUGAGAAAGAGCUGCGGUCUGCGUUGGUGCACGUUCCCCCUGGCCAAAAAACUGAAUCCCAGUUAUUUGGGGACUGUGAGCAGGAAAACCCAGCAGUGAAAUCUCUGCAGGAGAAAUUAGCUGCAGCCCAGCUGAAAGUGGCUGACUACCGAAACCAGAUUCAAGCCGUCAAACAGGAGUUAAAAGUUGCUCAAAAGGUUUUAAUCAGUGAGGUUGGAGAGCAGGUCAACUUUCAGCAAUUACUCAGCUCCCCCAGCAGCUUUACAGGUCGUGCUCAACAGGUUCUGGCUCUUCAGACGAGGGUGCGGGACCUCGAGCAGCAGCUCAAGCAGUCGACUCGGCAGCAACAGCCAAGCGUCCAGACAGAGGAAAAGUCUCUGGGCACAGGGGUCUCUCUGAAAACCAUUCCUCAGCAGAGGAACCUCAGCUUCAUCCGCAAAAUCGAGAAUGAGAAGCAGAAGGAUUUUGAGAGGAUCUCGGUGGAGCAUGACAACCUCCAGAAAGAAAACGCAGAUUUGAAGAAAAUGAUGGAAGCCUCAAAAGCCAGGAAUAAAAUUCUGUCUACUGAAAUGAAAACUCUGAAGGUUCAAGUGUCCACCCUGCUGAUGAAGGGUAAACAUGAUGACGAGCUGGUGGAUUCUUUGCUGAAGACGCAGGCCCAGAUGCAGGAGGCGCUCAACAAACAGCAGAACUAUCAGUUCCAGCAGAGUCAGCAGAGCAGUGAACUCGCAGUGCAGAACGCUCUCCUGAAGAAUCUUCAGAAGGUUUCUGCUGAGGAAGAAGCGAUCAAAAAAUCCCAACAAAUCCAAGUGCUCCCCAUUGAGGUGAAAUUGUAG